CUGCGCCGGGCUGCGAUUGGUGGCUUCCCAGCGCAGACAUCGAUCGUCUCCUCAACAACAUCCCCGGGCCAAGUCCAACCCCAAGACAUCACAUCACCACCAAACUUCUGGCGAUCCACCAUCUUCUUCUCGCAUGACAGAGACAGACCCUGUUCUCUCCAUGCCCCAAUCACAAGACUAGCUCUUCCACCCACUACCCUCUGAGUUAAUCCCAACUCUAUCCCCAUCCAACCCCAUCCCCGUCCGUCCUCCACCAUCUAAUAUCUCUUCCACUCAUGCUACUAGCUCUUCCCUACCCCAAUCACGCGCCUUGCCUGUUUCUGCUCCCCCACAACGUCCUCUUCAUUCCCGCUGGCGCUUAACCAGUCGAUCUCCCUCUCUCAACGACGCUGCAGUCCAAGGUCUCCUGAGGUCUUCCCAGGUGUGGCGCCCCCGCAGGCUCAAUAUCAACGAACCCAGCCGCUCCUCUCUCGUCCCAUCACCCCUCCGCGCCCUCUCCAAUCCCGACGCAGUGAUAUCAUCGAAACGAACGUAAUAUUUUAUUAAAAAUAGAACUCCUACUGCUGCUGCAGCUCGCCUCGCCAGCUCCAAGCUUCUCCUCUUCCCGUCUAGUUAGCUACGGAGGAUCUCUCUGGUCCCUUGGGGACUGGUCCAUCCCGCGCCAGAGAUGGGGAAUGCUUGCCUGGCCUGCCUGACAGGUCGAUCUAGGGACGGUCUCUACGAACCCAUCCUAGCAGAUAACGAACGCGAGGCCGUCGCUGAUCUCCUCCAGUACCUCGAGAACCGAAAUGAAACCGAUUUCUUCAGCGGAGAACCACUUAGUGCUCUUAGCACCCUUGUAUACUCAGAUAAUGUUGACCUCCAACGAAGCGCCAGCUUGACCUUCGCGGAGAUAACGGAAAGAGAUGUCCGGGAAGUAAAUAGAGAAACUCUCGAACCUAUCCUAUUCCUCCUCCAGAGUCCCGAUAUCGAAGUACAGCGAGCGGCUAGUGCAGCUCUGGGGAACCUCGCUGUCAAUACUGAAAACAAGGUCAAUAUCGUCCUGCUUGGGGGACUGGCACCUUUAAUAAGACAAAUGAUGUCACCCAAUGUCGAAGUACAAUGCAAUGCCGUCGGUUGCAUCACCAACCUAGCCACCCACGAAGAUAAUAAAGCGAAAAUUGCGCGAUCGGGCGCCCUUGGCCCCUUGACAAGACUGGCAAAAUCAAAAGACAUGCGUGUGCAACGAAAUGCCACUGGAGCCCUUCUAAACAUGACCCAUUCUGAUGAAAAUCGACAGCAGCUCGUCAUCGCCGGCGCGAUACACGUUUUAGUGCAACUACUCUCUUCAUCCGAUGUCGAUGUUCAGUACUACUGUACAACAGCGCUGAGCAAUAUUGCAGUGGAUUCGGACAACAGAAAGAAGCUCGCGCAAACAGAAUCCCGCCUUGUUCAAUCCCUCGUUCAGCUCAUGGACUCCUCCACACCUAAAGUACAAUGCCAAGCUGCCCUUGCCCUGAGAAAUCUUGCCUCCGAUGAGAAAUAUCAACUCGAGAUCGUCCGUGCUCGGGGCCUUGCACCGUUACUCAGACUACUACAGUCGUCAUACCUCCCGCUUAUCCUCUCAGCGGUUGCAUGCAUCCGAAAUAUUUCUAUACACCCUCAUAACGAAUCUCCAAUUAUUGAUGCCGGAUUCUUAAAACCACUCGUGGAUCUACUGGGCUCGAUAGACAACGAGGAAAUUCAAUGCCAUGCCAUAUCCACAUUACGGAACUUAGCAGCCAGUUCAGAUCGUAACAAGGAGCUUGUCCUGCAAGCAGGUGCCGUACAGAAAUGCAAGGAGCUUGUCUUGAAAGUACCCUUGAGCGUGCAGUCUGAGAUGACCGCCGCAAUUGCAGUUCUUGCCCUUAGUGACGAGCUGAAGUCGCACCUGCUAAAGCUAGGCGUUUUCGAUGUUUUGAUACCCCUGACGGAUUCGGAAAGCAUAGAAGUUCAAGGAAAUAGCGCGGCUGCCUUGGGAAACUUGUCGUCUAAGGUUGGCGACUAUUCUAUAUUCGUGAGAGAUUGGUCAGAGCCGAACGGCGGCAUUCACGGAUACCUAAGCCGGUUCCUAGCCAGCGGUGACCCAACUUUCCAGCACAUCGCAAUCUGGACUCUGCUCCAGCUUCUCGAGUCCGAAGACAAGCAGCUGCACGGCUAUAUUGCCCGCUCAGAAGAUAUUGUUGACAUGGUUAAGACGAUUGCUGAUAAGAAUGUGGAAUCUGACGAUGAAGAAGCUGCUGAGGAUGACGAGGGCGAGGUUGUUGCUUUGGCGCGGCGGUCUCUGGAGUUGAUUGGCCAUGGUCGUAAGCAACUACUAGUUGAUGGUUGAUCACUGACUGUCUGUUUUGUUUAGUUUCAUUUGGUGGUGUGCUAGCAGUUGGUAUUUUGUGGUAUUGUUUUAUUGUUGGCAUCGCCGUAUAUCGUUUCCCGAGUAGUUUUUAUACCGCCCGAUAAUCAUCUUUUCCAUCUCGCGAGGAGUUCCACGGGGGCAUAUUGCUUGUGUUUGGUGCUUUUUGUUUGCCGUUCCUUUUUUGUCUUCUAUUGUUGUAUGGGGAUAAAUCAUCCCUGUCAGUUUUCCCGUGUUUGUGUUUUCUGUUUCCCUGUUUCCAUACUUUUCCUCUCCUCUUUUCUGCUAUGUGUGAUCAAGAGAACAGCCAGCAUUGGCAUCCAUGAGAGGCACUGUCUUAAAUGUUUUUAUUCUUGCUUGUCAGCCUUCGCUGAUCAGCUUUCUUUUCUUUCCAUUUUCCUAUUUCUUCCUUGUCCUACGCUUUUACCCAUAUUCCCUUUGGUAUAUCACUUUCUUCUUCUUUUUGUUUUUUUCCUCGUUUCUGUUCAUUUUACUAUCCUUUGUUCCCCUUCUGUUGAUGAUAAUGGUGAAUUAGUACUAGGCUGUGAAAGGGUUUCCAGGAGGCAGGGGAAUGAUGAGCCCUAGCUGUUGUUGCGAUGGAUGAGGUAGCAUAAGCAUAUUUCCUACGCUCCAUACAUCCAUAUGUAAAUUUUCUAUCAGAGAAUGAGGUAUAUUACUUGGUCGGAAAGGGGGAAAGAGAGAUGAGGAGAGCGAUUGUUAGUGGUUCGAAAGAAGGGCAUCUGAUGAAGAAGAUGUGAUUGCGAUGAAAAGGGUAAGAGAAUCCAUAUUGUUAUUAUCAUUGGAAUAGCUAUUUGCAUAUAUAUUUAUAUUCGACAUCGCGGAGAAAGUGAUUCCUGUUCUUUGAUAUUUUGAUGCUGUCAAAGAUACAGAUUAGGGAAAUAAGAAUACUCAGCCAUCAUUUUACAUUAUUCUUUUUGCAAUUUCCCUUCCUUGUUUUAUUUUUAUUUUUAUUUCUUUUUCUCCAUGUAACUUCGCUGUUAUUUUGCUGCCUAUGUAGCUACAUAGGUAGUUAUUGGCUUACAUGCCUUGUUUUCUUCUGUAAUCAAGCAGUUUUCAACUGGUUGGUUGCUCUACACAGUACGGAGUAGACACAUAUCUAAAUGCUUGUUUUACAAUAAUCUGUACACAUGUAUUCUUU